GCCGGGGACAACAGGCUCGCAGAUUGGAGGGACGGGUUUGCGUGUGUGGACCCAGCUGCCUAUCCACUAGCUGCCGGGCUCUGGGGGCAUGGCGGCUGGCUCUGCAGUGUCGGUGCUGCUGGUGGCGGCGGAGAGGAACAGGUGGCAGCGUCUCCCGAGCCUUCUGCUGCCGCCGAGGAGAUGGGCUUGGAAGCAAAGAACCAUGAAAUAUGCAACAACCACAGGAAGAAACAUUACCAAGGUCCUCAUUGCAAACAGAGGAGAAAUUGCCUGCAGGGUGAUGCGAACAGCCAAAAAAAUGGGUGUUCGGUCCGUGGCUGUUUACAGUGAGGCCGACAGGAAUUCCAUGCAUGUAGAUAUGGCUGACGAAGCAUACGCCAUUGGCCCCGCUCCCUCCCAACAGAGCUACCUGUCUAUGGAGAAAAUUAUUCAAGUGGCCAAGAUUUCUGCUGUGCAGGCUAUCCAUCCUGGAUAUGGUUUUCUUUCAGAAAACAUGGAAUUUGCUGAACUUUGUAAGCAGGAAGGAAUUAUUUUUAUAGGUCCUCCUUCAUCUGCAAUUAGAGACAUGGGUAUAAAGAGCACCUCCAAAUCCAUAAUGGCUGCUGCUGGAGUGCCUGUGGUGGAGGGGUAUCACGGCGAGGAGCAGUCAGACCAGUGCCUGAGGGAACACGCCGCGAGAAUCGGUUAUCCCGUCAUGAUUAAGGCCGUUCGGGGUGGAGGAGGCAAGGGCAUGAGGAUCGUUCAGUCGGCAGGAGAAUUUCAGGAGCAGUUAGAGUCGGCGCGGAGAGAGGCUAAGAAGUCUUUCAAUGAUGACGCUGUGCUGAUCGAGAAGUUUGUGGACACCCCAAGGCAUGUAGAAGUCCAGGUGUUUGGUGAUCACCAUGGCAACGCUGUGUACUUAUUCGAAAGAGACUGCAGCGUGCAGAGGCGCCAUCAGAAGAUCAUUGAGGAGGCCCCAGCGCCUGGAAUUAAACCUGAAGUAAGAAAAAAGCUCGGAGAAGCUGCUGUCAGAGCUGCUAAAGCUGUGAACUACGUUGGAGCAGGAACGGUGGAGUUCAUUAUGGACUCAAAGCAGAAUUUCUACUUCAUGGAGAUGAACACAAGGCUGCAAGUGGAACAUCCUGUCACUGAGAUGGUCACAGGAACUGAUUUGGUGGAGUGGCAGCUUAGGAUUGCAGCAGGAGAGAAGAUUCCCUUGAGCCAGGAAGACAUAACCCUGCAGGGCCAUGCCUUUGAAGCUAGGAUAUAUGCAGAAGAUCCUAACAAUAACUUCAUGCCGGGGGCUGGGCCCCUAGUACAUCUCUCCACCCCUCCAGCAGACAGCUCCACCAGGAUUGAAACUGGAGUGCGGCAAGGGGACGAAGUGUCUGUGCAUUAUGACCCCAUGAUUGCGAAGCUGGUUGUGUGGGCUGCAGAUCGCCGGGCGGCCUUGAUGAAACUGAGGCACAGUCUCCGUCAGUACAACAUUGUCGGUCUGCACACCAACAUCGAUUUCCUGCUCAGCCUGUGUGGCCACCCAGAGUUCGAAGCCGGGCACGUGCACACCAACUUCAUCCCUCAACACCACAGGGCGCUGCUGCCUGGCUGGAAGGCUGCUGCCAAGGAGUUGUUCUGCCAGGCAGCUCUGGGGCUCAUCCUGCAGGAGAGAGCUGUGACGGAUGCCUUCAACCUUCACACACAAGAUCAAUUCUCUCCAUUUUCACUGUGCAAUGGAAGAAGACUGAAUGUCAAUUACACAAGAAACGUGACUCUUAGAGAUGGUAAAAACAAUGUAGCCAUAGCUGUAACAUAUAACCAUGAUGGAUCAUAUACCAUGCAGAUUGAAGACCAAACCUUCCAAGUCCUUGGUGAUCUUUCUAGUGAGGGAGACUGCACUUACCUGAAGUGUUCUGUUAAUGGAGUUACUCAUAAAGCCAAGCUCAUUAUCCUGGAAAACACUAUCUACCUAUUUUCCAUGGAAGGGAGUAUUAAGUUUGACAUUCCAGUACCCAAAUACCUGUCUUCGCUGAGCUCCGAAGGGACUCAGGGAGCUACGGUAGCUCCUAUGACGGGAACCAUUGAGAAGGUGUUUGUGAAAGCCGGGGACAGAGUGAAAGCUGGAGAUUCUCUAGUGGUUAUGAUCGCCAUGAAGAUGGAGCACACCAUAAAGGCGCCGAAGGAUGGCACGAUAAAGAGAGUGUUCUACAAAGAAGGCUCGCAGGCCAACAGACAUGCUCCUUUGGUCGAGUUUGAGGAGGAGGAAUCUGACAAAAGGGAAUCAGAAUAAACCCCAUCAGAGAAAAAUGGCCAAUUACGUACUAUCUUACUCUCAUACUGAAAAGAAAGUGCCUACUGCUUUUUCUUGGGUUCUUAUAAAAGGCAGUUUUAACUAAAUGAUUCUAUGAUUAUGCCAAACCUCUCUUAUUUAAGAAUUGUGUACUUGAGGCCCAACACUGUGGUGCAGCAGGUAAAGCUGCUGCCCAUGGUGCCAGCAUUCUUUACGGGCGCCGGUUCAAGUCCCGGAUGUUCCUCUUUCAAUCCAGCUCCCUGCCAAUGCACCUGGGACAGCAGUGAAGGAUGGCCCAAGUCCCACAUGGGAGACCUGGAGAAGGCUCCUGGCUCCAAAUUCAGAUCAACCCAGGACUGGCCAUUGCAGCCAUUUGGGGAGUGAGCCAGUGGAUGGGGCCCUUUCUCUGUCUCUCUCUCUCUCUGUAUCUCUGCCUUUCAAAUAAAUAAAUAAAAUCUUAGAAAAGAAUCAUGCACUGAGUCACAAAUAUAAUUAUCUCAGAAUAUUUCAUACUAAUAAAAUUGAAUUGUACUUUGUUUUUUUACUGGAAAUAGAUAUUGUUUCUGCCUUAGAUUUUAUACAAUGUAGCAUUUUUAGGAAAAAAUUGGAAGAAAAAAAGUCCUUUAACUAAAUGAAUUACUUUCCAGUUACAAUCAUGAUGAAAACGGACAGUAACAUCCUUCAGACAGAUGGCCACAGAGCAAAGCUCAACUAAGAUUUUGUUUCAUCAAAGAGUAACUUAUUGGGCAGUUUAAAGACAUGGAUGUUUGUUUCUACUUUUUGAUUGGAAAAUUUCUAUCUAGACUGCCACUACUUUCUAAGCUCAUAAAAAAUAUGUGUAUGAGUUGUAUGUAUAUACUAGAAUAUAGUAUUAAUUAAUUUGGAUAAAUUUUUAAAAUAUGCUUUUACAGAAAGCAUGGGUAAAAGUUGAAUGCCUAACUGCUGAACACUUCUUUAUGAAAGCACUUUUUUCGUUACAAAAAAAAAAAAAAAAAAACCCACUUUGAAUUGUAGUUCUUCACCUUUGUGUAGAUUCUGUUAUUACUGACACUUAUACAGCCCUCUGCAUUUUCAUGUAUUCAUUGCAGCUUCAAAUAUUUGCCAAAUUGUGCCUUCACUGAAUGCAUAAAACUAUGUUAAAUGUGGAGAAUAAAAAAAAAUGGAUAAAAGAU